AUGGGUAUCAAAUUAUCUCCUGCUGGAAGAAGGCUCACAACUGUCAUUGUAGCCGCACCAAUUAUGGUGGCUACCACUUGGAUUCUUUACAAGAGACUUGUCUUGGGUGAAGAGAGACGUGUCUCUGAUGGGCGUGCUAUUCGUCCUAUGGGUGUAAGAGAAAGAGACGCAAAGGAUCAAUUGAAUUAA